CGCGACCACAACAUAUGGCAGGGGGGGGGGGGGGGGGGGGGGGGGAGGGGGGGGAAGGGGGGGGCGGCAGUAUAUGACACCUGGUGUCGCAGUUCCGGCCGGGGUGAGUGCACGACAAUCGCCGACACGUCAGCAACGACAGCAAAGGGCAGCGAUGGGUGAAGAGCGGGGCUCGGAGGUGGCUGCCGUGAUACGGGAAUACGGAUCCCCGACGGGGAGGACGGAAGGUAGACAGGCACGGAGUGGCAAUGCCAUGAGGGACACGGCCGGUGAUUGUUCGCCCAACAUGGCGGGUGUGAGUCCGGAUGGCGCGGGCGAAGGGUUGGCGGKUGCGUUUGAUGGGGAGAACUCCGACUGCGAUGGUGAUGAAGGACCGGCAGCCGAUUCGUCGACGACCCCAGGUGGAGGUGCGCAUGGUCGGAGCACCGCGGGACCUGCAUGUGGUACCCGGAAGAAGGGGGGGAAGUCUACGACCCAACCCAAGAAGAACAACCUAUGGACUCUAGAAGAGCGAAUAGCCCUGGCAAGGAUCAGCGACGAGGAUGACGCCAUCAUGGCCGAUGCGGAGGGCGCUCAUCAGAACAUGACAAGGACAAGGAGAUAUGAGUGGAUCGCGGACCGACUGACGGAGCUGGGUUAUUGGAGGACAGGGGAGGAUUGCAGGAAGAAGUGGGCCGAGUUCCAGAAGAAGGUGAGGGAGAUUCGUGACGCGUGCAGUGGCUCCGGCAAGCCGGGGUACUUCGACAUCACUACGGACGAGAGGAAGAUAUUGGGUAUACCCCUGACAUUUGAGAAGCCGUUGUGGGACGCCAUGGAGUGGUACCGAAAGAAGGUUGCCUUCAAUUGCGACAAUACAAUGGCGUCGGAGGAGUUUAGGUGGACUGGAUCGAGAGGAUCAGCGAGCGAGGCAGGCUCCGAAGGUGGUGGGACAGAACCCACCGGGAGUGCACCGAAGACAAGGCGGACCGCUAGAGGAAAAGUGCGGGGAGGUGAGUCAUCGUCUUGCAUGUUCGGCCUGGCUUCUGUGAUGGAGGAGUCCACGCGGUCUCUCUGCGAGGGCCUGGACAAGGGUGCCAGGAACAUGGCACGUGCCACGACAUAAGGUGUUGCGCUCAUGGCAGCGAAGAUGGGAGAUAUGGCGACAGAGAUAGGGGCUGUGGCAAGGGCGAUGCGGCAAAGGAAUGGUGUGUUGGAGAUGCUGGUUGGGGUGAUGGCAGGUAGAGGGGCAGGGACUGGGCGGGUGGCCGGCGACAGUCAGGACACAGACCCGUCGGCGAAGUAGGGCAUUGCGGGUCGUCGAUUCCCAACCCGUCGUUAACCGCCCCCGUUUUUACGGAAUGUGGUGCCUUGAAACCCAUCCCUGGCAUCCCAACAUAAUUUAUGAUAAAAAUAAAUAAACAUC